AUGUCAGAAGGCUCUUUGCCUCCUCCUCCUCCGAAUUGCAAAUGCUCUCCUCCGAUGCCUUCCCAGAGAUUAACUGUGGCGAAAGAAGGACCCAACAAGGGAAGGCAGUUUUAUACGUGUGCUCGGCGUGGAUGUAAUUUCUUCCAAUGGGCAGAAACAAGCAAUCAUCAUGAUUCAUCUCGGAAUAAUUCUGCCAAUAAUCACAACAAUAUUAAUGGUAACAGCAAUAGUACGAUGAUGGGUAAUACGAGUCGAUCAGUAACAACGAAACAAAGUUCUUCGUCAUCAUCGGUACCAACAACAACAAAUUUACAAAUUCCAACAUGUCGAAAACACAGCAAUACCCCAUGUCGAUUGCUUCAAGUUGUAAAAGAAGGACCAAACAAGGGGAAAUUAUUUUGGGCAUGUGGAAUGAGUUCUCAAAAUGAAAGAUGCAAUCAUUUUGGUUGGUUUGAAGGAAAUGUUGAAUUGUACAAACAUUUGGUUCCAAAUUAUUCAACUCCUCCUUCAGCAAGUUCCUCUUCUUUGAAUUCAUCAUUCAACAACACAAAAGACAAUGAGGUGGUGGAGCCAAUUGUCAUGUCAGCAACCAAUCAAAAUAAUUUGUGGGUGGCUGGAUUACCAAUCGAGAUAUUUAGAGAGAUUUUCAAAUCUCUUGAAUUGCCUGAUCAGUUUAAAUUGCAAUGUGUGUGUAAGGAAUGGAAACGAAUGUUCACUCUUGCUGUUUCAAUGCAUACUGACAUGGAUUUGAAUUUUGGUUUUUUAAAAGAAUACAGCAAGUCUACUCCUCCCUAUUCUUGGUGGUGUCGCAUUAUUUCCAUGUUUUUAUACUCCUCUCGAGUGAUCUUUUGCAACAUGAAAAUCACUAAUGAGUUGAUGAGAUUGAUCGAGUUCAUGCCAAAUUUGAAAACUCUAGUUUUUAACAAUUGCAGUACUGUCAUGUCCAAUUAUCAAGUAGACGUUAGCGUGCAUGACCCAGUGGAGGACUAUCCAGAUGAAUACUAUGAAAAUUUUGAUUGGCAUUCGUAUUGGCAUGGAGGAUUUGCAGGAAAUUUAACAAAAGAGGAAAUUGAAGCUUACAAGAAAACUCACAAGUUUAAAAGCACUGUUACACAAAUGAUGUUUUCUAAAAUGGAUGAAGACAAGGAUGUCAUCAUUCCACAUGGAUUGAAAGACAUUGAGGAUGAAACACUUUUUCACAAACAAGUUGGAGAAGAAUACAAACUGUUUGUAACAAAUGUUUCUUCAAGAAUACCAGGAUUCAAAUCAAAGAGAAAGUUGGAGGCCUUAAAACACAUCAUUUGCGUUGAGUCAAGAGCUGGUGGAAUGAAUUUUAGCUGGAUCAAUAAGGAUAGAAAAGUUUAUUACAAAUGCAUUGAUGCAAAAUGUGAACGAAAUAUCGAUUCAUUUUUUGACAAAGCGAACACUACUUGCAGUGAAACAGACAUCGUGCCAGAAAAAUAUUGGAAAUUUAAACAAUUACUAGUUCAAGAUAGAGCAAUUUCUCUCAUUUUCUUUAGCUUGAUGAACCAUAGAAGUAGCUCAUUUCAAAUUUAUAACGGAAUUAAUUGCGAUGCAAAAUCAGUGGUGGAUCGUGUGGAUCUUAGUGUUUCUAAACAAGUUGAAAUUUACAAGCAUUUCUGUUUGUGGAAAAAUAUUGAUCCAAAUAUUAUCCCAACGAACAAUAUCGAUCUGUUAAAAUUUGCUAUUGCUGAGGGUUCCCUCAAAUUAACACAACCUCUACCACAGGCAUCCCAUUUGCCCAUUCUCAAGUACCAACUCGACAAAAUUCGAGAAUAUUCCAGAAAAAUGGUGAGCGGUGACAAAGAUGAGCUCACUUAUUUGUGCAAGAAGCACUCAAUCAUUGGCAUGUGUGUUGAUUUAUUAGUCUUCAUUCACAAACAUCAUUUAAUGACGCAAGAAGUGAUUGAUUCAUGUUUGGAGCAUGUUCAAAAAAUUGAUGAAUAUUGGACACAUCAAUCAUUCAUUGCCAGCGAUGAAGACGAUAACGAUGCCAAUGAUUCGGUAGGAUCAUUACCAUCGUAUGGACCAGUUUCUCCGUUUCCGUUCAGUUGGACCUGUUUAUUGAAGUUUGGAAAAUUUAGUUCAAAUUCUGAGCAACAACAAGACGAUGAAAAUAUUGAAAACAAUGAAAAUAGUGAAAAUUCUGACACCAAUGAAGAAAUGAGCGAAAACGAAGAGGAGCCUGAAGAAGAACAACCUCCCAAACGACGAAUUCAACCCCAACGUAAAAAGAAAAAGUUGCAUUAG